AAAAGGACGUUGAAAAGACGACCGAAACGCAUUUCCAUCAAAAUUUCGCUAAGUCCGGUCGAAUAGUCCCCAGCCUGCGAAACGCUUCUAAAUACAACCAUAAACAAGGCGAUAUGCUGGAAACUGCGCAAGAAUAUCUGUUCAAUAACGAGAAAACUUUCCCAAUGACCAAUGACAGUCCGCUAGUAGUAUCUCUUGAUCAAUGGCCUCCCCUUUCUGAUUUAGAAAUGGCCUCAACCAAUCAAUGGAGAUUACCAGAAGUACCGGAAAAUGAUGUAUUUCACUCCAAGCAAGCAAACUGUUUCAAGCCAACCCAGAAAUCCGAAGAACAAAAAAGUGACUACAACAAUGUGAGCUCAGCAUUCAUCAACAGGAGCGAAGAGCAAGAUAAACCGAUUCCAAAAAUAGCUGAGCUAGCAUAUUUCUGUACCUGCUUCUUCUUUCUAUUUGCAGGAUUCCUUCCCUGUCAAACUUUGCUCACAACAGUCUUCGGAAAUCUUGGCUAUUGGGCACUCUUCGUCCUGUACAUCUUUUUUACCAUCUCAAUUUUCUAUAGUCCCUUGAUCGUCCAAAUAUUCAGCCUGCGAGUUGUCCUGUUCUCGUGCUCGUGCUUGGUCGUCACAUUCGUCAUCUCUAUUCUGGUCACACUCACAAAUCCCGAACAGCUCAGAUUCGUGAUACUUGUGUCUUGCGCAUUGCUAGGAUCAGCACUCGGACCUAUGUGGCUAUCACAAGGUGCCUAUAUAGGUCGUAUCAUUCAAAACGCGCCUCAAAUUGUUGGAAAAUUCAACGGAACAUUUCUCAGUACUUACUUCCUCGCAGGGAUCAUUGGUAAUCUCCUCAUUGCCUUCGCCAUCUAUCUAUCACAGACACCAUCAUACAGACUGCUAUUCUGUAUACUGCUGACUCUAUGUGCCUCUGGGUCUGCCUUAUUCGUAUUCUUGAAAGAACCACAGUCGAAAACACUCGAUUUCGAUACUAAAAGCAUUCUGUCUCGCACAUUUACCAUAAUCAAAGAACGGACUAUCCUGCUCACAACGCCGUACUCCAUCAGCCUGGGGCUCACCUCUACCUUUGCAUGGGGCACGCUCCCACUCCUUCUGCCAGAUCCAAAACUAGUGCCCGUCUUGGGCUGUCUCUACGGUGUCAGUAACCUUAUAUGCUGCGCACUCGCUGGGCAUGGGUUCGAUCGAUUUGGAUGGAUCCCAUUGGGUGUCUAUAAUCUGUCUGCGCUCUUGCUAUCUAUGCUCUCUAUUAUGAUUGCUCAUUCAUACCAAAUAAUAUGGCUUUUCUUUCUAGGUGCACUACUUCUCGGAAGUCUGGAAGGCGUUGAAAACACUAUCAUUCAAAGCACUUACAUGAAACAAUUUCCUGAUAAUGUAAGCUACUGCAUGGCCGCAUUCAGAAUUACAUCAGGAAUUGGUAUAUCAAUAGGCUUUCUAUUAGGCUUAGUUUUACCAUAUCAAUUGUUCAUUGCUCUUGUCACCUUCACCACAAUCUUAGGAUUGGCUCUCAACACCCGUGUCACAGAAAGGGUCAAGUCACAAGAACUAGAAUCAAAAUUAGCUCUGUUUCUAAGCGACUCAUCCUAAAAAAAGCGCGUUCCAUCUUUUCACGCCAACUCCUGUAUUACGGUAUAUACAUUCCUCCUCGACGCAUUAAACGUGAAUGCACCAGUCAGAACCCUACAAAAAACAUGUCAAUGACCUGUCAAUAUUUGACACACUCAUGUACAAGCGUACAAGCGAAUAUGAAUCAUGCACAUACCUCAUAGCAUGCAUCUGACCACGUCAACUUUAAUCAGACAUAAAAAACAUCAUUCAUUUGUUUACCUUCCAGUUAUGUAAAAAGCAGGCUUUUGCGCUUGAAUAAAAACAUCAUUUUUACGUAUAGUGAGAC